AUGCAGCUUGGGAACAAGGACGACAACACUCGGGCACACCGUUGGUUUAGAACUUUUGUGCCUCUAAUUCUCUUCAUCAUUAUCUAUUUUAUUAUCUAUAAUUUCCAAACAUGUUGGGUCUCUGUUUUGGUUUUAUCAGUAGUUUUUGGGUUGUUUGUCUUGGUUCAACUCCUUUAUCCAGUUGAAGGCUUUUACUUUAUGUAUGUGGUAGGCAUCAUGAUAUUGGGGGUUUUCUUAGCUAUCUUUGCCUGUGAUUAUGAUCCAAAAAUCCAUCCUUUUUGGUUCUGUUUCUUGACACUUUCCGUUUUUGAGAUGAUCAUCUAUUUUUUCAACUAUCGAGGACCUACUAAUAGGGCAUUCAGCUUCUAUUGA